AUGGCACAGCGCAAUUCUCUGGGCGCCUUCGCGGAGAAGUACGAAAUCAGGGGGGACCUCGGAAAGGGGCGAUACGGCGUCGUUGCGGAAUGCGCGGAGCGCGUUUCCGGCAGGCGACUCGCCUGCAAGGUGGUCGAGGCGUGCAAGGAAGCGGUUGACGCGGCGCGACGGGAAGUAACGGCUCUUUCGCUCCUGAAAGGGUGUGAAAAUAUCGUUACUCUCGAGGAUGCUUUUAUCGGAGAGGGCGGGAAGGGGAUGGUGCUUGUAAUGGAGCUCGCUACCGGAGGCGACCUUCUAACGCGGAUAGAGCAGAAGGGACGGAUUGCGGAGUCCGAGGCGCGUGAGCUGUUCAAAGGAGUCGCCAUGGCUUUAAAGCAAUGUCACCAUAACGGGGUCAUUCAUCGAGACGUCAAGCCCGACAACAUUCUCUUGUUUCCCGCCAAAACUUCAAGUUUUGAGAGAACUUUCCUUCGGCGAGUGUCGUCUGAAAGCGGUUCACCGAGCGGGUCGCCUAGAUCAACCCUAAUGAGCGACUUCAUGGGUCGAGGUUGCGAAUUCACUGCGAAACUCGCGGAUUUCGGAAUCGCGAAGGUGCUUGCUCCGGGGGAGAAGAUAAACAGCUAUGCAGGGAGCUCUCCUUACGAGGCUCCCGAGGUUUUGGCGGGAAAAUCGUACGAUUUCGCUGCGGACAUUUGGAGCCUUGGUGUUACCCUAUACGCGAUGCUGUCGGGAAAAUGGCCAACUUUCGCGAAUGGUCGCCGACGGUUUGACGAGAGCAAGGACUGGGACUCCCCCUGCUGGUGGCUCAUCUCGAGCCGAGCAAAGAAUCUCAUCCGUUCGAUGCUCGCAACGGACCCUCAGAUCCGACCGUCCAUUGAUGACGUACUGAAUGACCCUUGGGUUUGCGGCGCCUCGUUAUUCUCGUCGUCAUUCUCCCCUGCUGGUUCUCCCAGAAGCAUUCCCAAGCCUGCUGCUUCUCCUGCUGUCCAAGACCCCCCUGCAUUUGCCACCAAACCCGCGGCUGCAUUUGCCGUCACCACUGCAGCUUCGUUUUCCAGCACGAACCCUGCUGUUGCUGCUGCUGCAUCACCCAAGGGUCUCCUGGCUGCUGAUGAUAACUCCUCUUCUGCCUUCACGUUCCCGCUCGCGACGCUCACGAUCAAGACCACGUACCGAACCACAUGCAGCACGGUCAAGGCGUGCCGCAAGCUCGCAUCCGACGUGCUUCGGCAGAAGCAAUGGCAUCGCGGCGUGUGUGCUGCUGAGAAGCUCUCACCGUGUGCCAGCAAAGUCUCUCCAUGCAAGUCCCAGCGGGCUUCGGGGAGGCUCGCUGCACGGGUUGCUGCCAUGGCUGUUGCGGCGGUUGAAGAACUGCAAGUGGGGCUUCCUGUGUAA